CCAGCAAUGAUCUCCAGGUGCAUCCGCCAAGCCCACCGCCAGGCCCGUCUCCAGGCCAGCGUCGCCCAGACAAGAUGGAUCUCGGCAUGUCCGUCUCUGCUGCAGCGCGGCGUCACCCGACGGGACCGGCGCAGCGGCCCGCAGUCCAAGUCCAUCGACGAUCAGGUCUCGCGCGAUCUCAACAACCUCGGCAGCCCAGCGUCCGCAAGACGGCCGGUAACCCCCGAUGGACUGCCCAUGCUGUACGCAAGACCACAAGCCCAAGCAGAACCCGUCCCGGAAAACGGCGAGACGGUGCAAUCCGAGCUGAAUGUCUCGGGACGAGAGCAGUUCCUGUCGCUUGGUGUCCAUCCGCAGAUCGUCGACUCGCUCAUGGCCAAUUUCGCUGUCGAAGCUCCCACGGUCUGCCAGCGAGACAUCAUCACUGGCAUCCUGGCUCACAAGGACAUGAUCAUCGACGACGGAACGGGCUCCGGCAAGACUCUCGGCAUCGUUCUUGCCAUCCUUUCGAAAAAGUAUCAGCUCGACCUCUUCCGGAGCGGCGUGCUUCGCCGCUCGCCAUCGGGCCCUGGGUCCACCCGCGGCAGCUCGGAUCAACAGCACAUUGCCGCUCUGAUCGUCGUGCCCAACCGGGAUCUGGCUUUCCAGAUCUACAAUUGGUCGAGGACCCUGUGCGCACACGUACCGGACGCCGAAUGGAACAAGACCAUGCAGUGCGUCAUUCCGGGCGUUGACAUGGCCGAUCAAAUCAAGCUGCUGCAGUCAACUGGCUUUCCCAAGAUCCUGGUCGGCACUGCAAACCGGCUUUAUCAGCUGACGCAAGAGCCAUCGAUCCAAUUCGACUGGACACAUCUGCAGACCAUGGUACUCGACGAAGUGGACGAGCUGGUGCGGCCGCCCAAGCGCCGAGAGUUCCGCGCUUCCCACAACAUCCGCAAGACGCAUCCGCUCGCGAGCGAACUGCUGAUCGAGGGCAUCCUCAAGAUACGCCGACAAGACGAAGCUCUGGACGUCAAGAUGUUCCAGAGCCGGACGGUUGUUGACUCGGCUGGCCGCGUCGAGCUGGCUCCAUCGAUCCGGAAGAAGCGACUACAGCUCGUCGCUGUGUCGGCCUCGACCAACUCCGAGAUGCGCACGGAGCUUGUCAAGGAGAGAAUGUGGAUGAUGAACCCGAUUCGCCUGCCGCUCGACCCAAACCCGUCCACCAAGGUCGUCGGCCCCGAGACCCUCCGGCAUCAUGCCGUUGUGAUUGAUUCCCACGGCACGCCGCACGAUCUCGACAUGGACCGGUUGUAUCAGGACCCUGCCGACGACAACAACGACAGCCCGGCACCCCGGGACCGGGAUGUGCCUGCGACUAUGCCGACGAUGGACGCCCUCGAGGCCCUUGCAUCGAUCUGUCACGCACAAAAGAUCGAGAAGGCCUUCCUGUUUGUAUCGCCGCAAGCCAAAGUGCAGGUUAUCACUAGCUUUUUGAACUCGCUUGGUAUGGACGCCCAGCCGCUUUCGAACCAAGCCGAUUAUCUUGAUUCGGUUCGAUAUCUCCCAAGUACUGUGACCUCUCGCGAGGAUGGAAACCCUGCUCCGCUCAACGUUGCAGCGACCCAGGUGGUGGCCGAAGCCUCUCCUGCCGAUGUCGAGCUUGCAUCGGGCGAGCCACAGACCACGGAAACGACACCACCGACGACUGUCGCUUCGCAAGCCGAGACAUCGAUCGACACCCCAUCGCCGGUCCGAAAGCCGACUCUGGCUCCUUCGUCGGCCCGGACACCGACGACUGCGACACUCCAGCGCCGUCGCCGACAGACCCGCAUCAUUGUCGCAACAGAGUUCGAGGCCCGUGGUGUCGACAUUCCCGAUGCAACUCACAUCUUCAUCAUGACCGUGCCGCGCAACACCUCCAGCUAUCUGCAGAUGGCGGGUCGGGCAGCACGCUUUGGCCGCCGUGGCUCUGCGACCACAAUCUUGCCCGAGCACGCAAUGGCCAGCGGAAUGCGGCCCAUAUACCGGUUCCUGAGGUCGUCCAUCACUCCCGUCCUGAACGUCCCGCGCACACAGUAAAUGUGGUGUGCUCGGAGAUCCCGAACGGGACACUGUUAUGCUUUCGUCAUCAAAAUACAACUCAAAAGUCCUUACAUUUC